AUUCGAUUUAGUAUCUUUCCUAGUUUGUUUAUUUCUUGUUUUAGUAGGAAUAGAAAUAUGGUAGGAAUAGAAGUUUAAUUAUAUGCUUUACUCUCUUCCUAUAUAAAGAGGAUUAGGCCUUUGUAUUCACCAGAACAAUUCAAUAUACAAACUAUUUUCUCUCUUAUUAAUUUCUACAUUGUAGAAGAUGAUUUUUUAUACCUUUCUCUAAUCUAAUACGGAGUAUAAUAUAUAAAGUAGUUUUAUUGCCUUUCUAAAACACUUUUUUUUGUAUAUCUCUCUAAGACUGACACUUUGAUUAUAUUCUUCAAGCAAGGGGUGUAGUUUCUGGGCAAUGAGAUUGCCUUUAACACGACUAUCAUAGAGGAAUGGGAUGAAGGAAUACAAGAAAUUCAACAACGUAUCAGGGAAGUAAAUGAAAUUUAAGGAUCUUUUUGUGCUAGCUCAUGACUAAGGAAUACUCAUUGGACAUUGGUUAAUAUGUUGGUGAUUGCUGCUGGUUAAAGAAGAUGAAUUGACAUUUAUGUUCAUAUUUUACAAACAUUAUUUUGUAUUUUGAGUUUGGGCUUUACAUUUUUAGUUGUACGUAAACAGUGGGUUUUCUAUUUUUUGUUGGAUGGGUUGGUAAUGCUCUUGUUACAAUGGUAUUGUUGUUGAAUUGGACAAAAAAUGAUGGAGUAUGGGGCAUGGUUGGGUUUCGGCCAAAGAAAGGAAAAAGGAAGCGGAAAAUGAGACUAGAUCAAAAAUUCGAACAGUAUUUGGGAGGUAGAACCGACGCUAAUCUUCCAACUCUUGAAGAUAUAUUCGAGGACAUUGAUGAAGCAGAAAUGGACGUGGAGCCUACACCGGAGAGCAACAAUCCCACCGAUGCCAACGAGGAGGCAGGUGAGCCCGAGACCUCUGAAGGUCCGGGGAAAGCUACUCCUAUAAAAGAAGGGCUCUCCCUCAAUGUUGAGGAGGCCAAUUUCACUCCUCUCCUGCCAGUCUCUAGAUAUUUUUAGAGUAUAUUUUUCCUUCUUCAAGAGCUUCUAGCUCCACCAUUAAUGGCUUCUAAGCCUAAAUCAUGUACCAUGUACACACCCCCAAUAUUAAUAAAAAUCCCCCGUGGGCAAGGUACCGCCAAAAAAGGCCCGUGGUUUUCUCCCGAUUUGGGUUUCCACGUAAAAAUCUUUGUAUUUAUAGUUUGGUGUAUUUUUUAAACUAGUUUAUCGUUUUUGCCGGCCGAAAAUGAUAUAUCGGUCGAUAAUUUACACCAUCAUUUUGGCGCCACCCGUGGGACUCGAACAAAUAGCCAUGUUCAUUUUUUUUCUUACGGCAAAAAAUGCUCCAAGAGAGGAGAGACCCAAAUUUCAGCCACAUUUGUGGCUCAAAAAAAAAAAAAGAGAAAGGGGAAAGAAAAGAGCACCCCAAUG